GGCAACACUUUUAUCUUUUGAAGGUUGUAUAAUCAUGAAGCUGUUUCUUUUACUUGCGUUCAACAUUCUCAUCUUAUUCCGAAUUUUGGAUGCGAGGUUUUCUUAUCAUGAAGCCUCUAAGGUUGAUGGUAACGCUAAUAGAAAAGCUUUACUAGUGUUCAAGUCUCAAGUUUCUGCCAACAAUAGACUAGCCUUGGUCUCGUGGAAUGACUCAACUCCGGUCUGCCAAUGGAAAGGUGUUACAUGUGGCGGCAAACAUAAAAGAGUUACAGGUUUAGACCUGGGAGGGUUAGAACUUGGUGGGAUCAUCUCGCCUGCUAUCGGUAAUCUUUCUUUCCUCAGAUCUCUUAAUCUUGGAGAGAACUCUUUUAGUGGUACCAUCCCAAAAGAGGUGGGAAUGUUGUCUAGGCUUCAAGAGUUGAAUAUGAGUUAUAACAAUCUCAGAGGAGUGAUUCCAACAAGCCUGUCUAACUGCUCUAGAUUGGUGACACUUGUUUUAACAUCAAACAAUCUUGUAAACGGUUUACCUUCAGAGCUAGGAUCGUUGUCAAGCCUUGAAAGUUUGUUUCUUAGUAAGAACAAUCUUUCAGGGAGGUUUCCAACGUCUUUAGGAAACCUAACAUCACUCGAACAACUAUCCAUUGCAUAUAAUAAUAUGGAGGGAGAGGUUCCGAAAACAAUAGGUAGAUUGACCCGGUUGAUAAAUCUCCAAAUCUCAGUUAAUAAUCUCUCAGGCGUUUUCCCACCAGCAAUUUACAACUUAUCCUCGCUUGGGUAUUUGUCCAUUGUUAGCAAUCAUUUCUCGGGUAGUGUAAGGCCUGAUUUUGGAUAUACGCUUGCAACACUUAGAGAGUUGCGAUUGGGGGGGAACUCUUUCUCAGGAGAUCUUCCAAAAACAAUAUCCAAUAUCUCGACCCUUAAACUGCUAGAGGUUUCACAAAACCAAUUCACAGGAAGUAUCCCAGUUGGUUUUGGAACAUUACAAAAUAUUCAGUAUCUGGGGCUUAGUCAAAACUCUUUUGGAGGAAACAGCCUAGGGGGAGACCUUGAAUUUCUCAAGUCUUUGGUCAACUGCACUAAGCUGCAAAUGUUGGAUGUUGGUUACAAUAGACUUGGAGGGGAACUUCCAAUCCAUAUAGGUAACCUUUCUAAAGAUCUAACAAGUAUAUUCCUUGGAGGAAAUCUCAUAUCUGGCGGCAUUCCUCAUGAGAUUGGGAAUCUCAUAAACCUGCAAUCACUUGCCAUGGAGAGAAAUCUGCUGACAGGGAGAAUACCGGCGUCUCUCGGUAAGAUUUCAGGAUUGAUUUUUUUGGGACUGAGCUCAAAUAGAAUGUCAGGAGAGAUACCAAGUGAUCUCGGAAACAUCACUCGGUUAGAGAGACUCCAUUUAUUCCAAAAUAAUUUUGAAGGAAGCAUUCCUCCUAGUCUUGGAAACUGCCGUUUCCUGUUAUUCCUUUGGAUUGGAUACAACAGGUUAAACGGGACUAUACCUCAAGAAAUCAUGCAGUUGGAGUCUCUUGUUCAAUUGUUUGUGAAUAUAAAUCUUCUGACCGGUCCUUUUCCUAAAGACGUUUCAAGGUUAAAACAAGUUGUUCAGCUAUCUGUUGCAGACAAUAGAUUGUCUGGAAACAUCCCAGAGACAAUAGGAAAUUGUCUCUACAUGGAAAACCUUUACCUGGGAGGAAAUGCAUUUGAUGGAGCUAUUCCAGAUAUCAGAAACUUGAGAGGACUUACGCUCUUUAACUUAUCAAACAACAAUUUUUCAGGCAACAUACCUGAAUAUCUCGCCAACUUUUCCUCGUUGGAGAGUUUAGAUCUCUCUGGUAACAACUUUCAGGGAGCGGUUCCGAGAAAAGGAGUGUUCCAGCAUCCCAAAAAGUUUUCGGUAUCUGGUAAUAGAAAUCUUUGUGGAGGAAUCCCUGAACUCAAGUUAAAGCCAUGCCCUCGAAACGUCCUAGUAUCAAGGACGACGAGAAGACAUUCAUCAAACAAGAAGAAAAUUUUCAUCGGUGUUGGUGUUGGUGUUGGUGUAGUAGCUUCUCUUCUGUUGUUGGCUCUAAGUUUGCUUAUGAAAAGGAAGAAGAAAAACACCAACCACUUGAUGAUGUCGAAUCCUCCAAUAUUAGACCCUUUCUAUGAAAGGGUAAGCUACGAGGAACUUCGAGCUGCGACGAAUGAGUUCUCCUCCAGCAACUUGAUUGGUUCAGGAAACUUCGGCUCUGUUUUUAGAGGGUUGCUUGGUCCGGAGCAGUCUAAAGCUGUUGCGGUUAAAGUUCUAAAUCUUCAGACGCGGGGCGCAGCCAAGAGCUUUAUGGCGGAAUGUGAAGCCUUGAAAGGUAUAAGGCAUCGAAACCUCGUGAAACUUGUGACUUGUUGUUCAAGCAUUGAUUUCAAAGGAAAUGAAUUCAAAGCUCUAGUGUACGAGUUUAUGCCCAACGGCAACCUAGACACGUGGCUGCACCACCACCAAGUGGAUGUCGAAGAAGGCUCUUUAAAUCAUACAAGACCGCUGAAGCUAUCUGAACGACUUAACAUAGCCAUAGAUGUGGCUUCUGUUUUGGAUUAUAUCCAUUCCCAUUGCCAUGACCCUGUAGCUCAUUGUGAUCUAAAGCCAAGCAAUGUUCUCCUAGACAAUGAUCUAACAGCCCAUGUAAGUGACUUUGGUCUUGCUCGGAUCAUCGACCAAGACUCCUUCAUCAACCAAGUUAGCUCCACCGGUGUUAGAGGAACCAUCGGCUAUGCAGCACCAGAAUAUGGAAUGGGAGGCAAACCAUCGAGGGAAGGGGAUUUGUACAGCUUUGGGGUUCUUUUGCUGGAGAUGUUCACUGGAAAGCGUCCGACGGAUGAACUUUUUGUGGAAGGUUUUACUCUCCGUAGCUAUACCGAGUCCGCAUUGGCCGCGGAACAUGUCCUUGAGAUAGCUGACACAUUGAUUCUCAGCGGUGAAAUUCAUAACAAGAACAUGAGUAGUAUUCCUGAAUGUUUGAAGAUGGUUUUAAACGUGGGAAUAAGUUGUUGUGAACAAUCUCCCACAGAUCGGAUGACAAUGGCUCAAGCUUUGCCUGAAUUAGUCUCACUCCGAGAGAGGUUCCUCGGAACCAAUAUGAGGAAAAUCUAGACGCUCCACUGUGGUGAUCUCUUACAAAAUUUGCACGUUUCCUUAGAGACAUAUAUAAAAUAAGAUUACAAUACACGAAUCUAUUGUGGAAAUUUUAGUAGUUGAUGUAUGUGUACUGCUUUGUAAUUUGAUUUUUAAUUUUGUGAGUGGCUAAAACUGAUC